AUGUUGCCCACGAUAUACAACUCCAAGAGGAAAGUAACUGGAUUAACUAAAGUAUUGGCAGAAUGGACCAGUGGUAGUUCCCAACAUCGGUGUUUUGCUCGCACAACUUCCACUCGGUAUCCAAAUACUACAGACAACGCUGGUGCACUUCAAGGUCUGAAGGUUCUGGAUCUCUCAAGAGUACUUGCGGCCCCGUUUUGUACGCAAAUCCUAGCAGACUACGGCGCGGAGGUGAUUAAGGUCGAAACAAUUGGUAAAGGGGAUGACACCAGGCAUUGGACCGUGAAGGGCGAAGGGCCAACGUGGCAAUCGGCUGCUCAAACCAUGUCGAACUACUUUACAUCGGUAAAUCGCAAUAAAAAGCCAAUGACUCUCAAUCUUAAGAAUCAUAAAGGGAAGAAAAUUCUUUUCGAGCUCGCAAAACAAACAGAUGUACUUGGGGAAAACUUCAAACCGGGAACUAUGGAGUGUUUAGGUCUUGUGUAUGACAAAUUGAAAGCUGUGAACCCUCGACUCAUAUAUGCAAGCAUUUCAGGAUAUGUAAAUUCUGGUCCAUUUGCACAUAGAGGAGGAUACGAUCCUAUAGCUGGCGCAGAAGCUGGUCUUCUGUACGUUACGGGCGAGCACAACGGACCGCCAGUACGACCUGGAAUUGGCAUGAGAGGCGAAGGCCAGAGAGUCGAUGCGUCCCUGUUUGAGACGCAAAUUAGCUUGCUCACCAAUGUCGGCCUUGCCUGGUUGAAUCUUGGCAUCGAAGCACAACGAUGGGGCUGCGCUCAUCCCAGUAUUGUUCCUUACGAUGCCUUCAAAACCAAAGACCAAUACCUGGUGUGUGGCGCAACAAACGAUGCGCAAUUCGUUAGCCUAUGCCAUCUUUUGGACCUUGAAGCGCUUAUCAAGGACGAGCGUUUUGCGACAAACCCAAAGCGAGUCGAAAAUCGCCAACUGCUCACGCCAAUGUUCAAUACCGCCUUUCAGACGAAGACGACGAGUGAAUGGACGAAGCUUUUCCAGGAUAAAUCACUGCCUUUUGCUCCAAUCAACAACAUGGAGAGUACGUUUGUGCAUCCUCAAGCUGCGGCACGAGACAUGAUUGCUGAGAUGGAAACGGAGGCCGUGAAAACUGGUCGCAUUAAGGUUAUUGGGCCAGCAGUGAAGUUCAGCCAGACGGCCGCCAGUUUGAGAACUCCACCUCCAGUACUUGACGAGAUAGAAAAACUUAGAGAGGCUGGAGUCGUGUCGAGAAGGACUAUCAGUCUUACAAACACAAGUCUGAUUUAA